AGGAAACACUGCCUGCAAGGGGGGGCGGGGGGAGCAGUUCCCUGACGGCCACCAAAAGCUGCUGGAAUGUUUUGUGGAGAAAUGGAAAGGAGACCAAGCCGUUAUACCUUUUCUCCUGCUGGAUUCUCCCCACCGGCUUUUCCUCCCCUUUUCUUUCCUUCUUGAUCGGCCGACACUCUGAUCUUCCUUUUCACAGAAAAUUGUGAGGCGUCGACAGACGGGGCCGCGGGUUCCAAACCCUUUCCUUCCUUGUGCUCAGGAGCCAUGCACUCUCCCAAAAAGGGUUUGAUUUGCAACUUAAACCACGUUCACUUGCAACACAUCUCCUUGGGGCUCCACCUCUCGCGCCGCCCGGAACUCCAGGAAGAGGACAGCGCCUUGAUGCCAUCAAUGGAACAAAUGAGUUGCCAUGAAUGUCAGCAGCACGGUGGUAACCUGGUCCCCGGGCUGGUGGACGCCAAUUCAAACAACCCAUCCUUGCCAUGCCGGUGUUGCGAGGCUCACGCUGUAUCAUCGGAGGUCAAACAGGGCCUCCAGACCCAACCCUCCUUGACCAACUGCCCAACUGUGAACCGUGAGGAAGAAGAAGAGGAGGCGGAGGAGGAGGAAGAGGAAGAAGGAUCUCCUUCAGAUCCAACUUCCUCCUCCAUUAGCAGCUGCUCGGACCUCAGUCUGGACGAGUCUCCUGUCUCAGUGUACUGCAAGCCUUUCCCUGCUAAACAGGCCCAAAGUCCAGAAAGUCAACCCAAUAUUGUACCCUUGGAGGACACCCAGAAUGUCCUUUCCCUGGCCAACAAAGAGAAAGGUCCAAACCUUAACAUCCACAUGGGUGAACAUCCAGAGACCCAAGUCUGGGAUAGUCCAGACAGUCUGUACAGCAGCAGCUCAUUGGGGUCCUCGUCAGACACCAGUCCUCCCUGCCCAGAAAGUCUGGUUGAGUCAACCCAUGCAGGGUCCAUCAAAGCUCCCCCACUUGUUCCACCCCCCGUCCGCCCCUGCAGGGCGCCUCCUGCUGUGCCAGUGAUCUCCCGUCUUGGCCCAGAACUGGAUUCCAACUGCAAUGCUCUUCCAGCCCAGGAGCUCAAGUCCAACAACAUCUCCUUGGGGCAAGUGGACAUCAACUCCAACCGAGCCAUGCCCGUGGGGUCUCGUUUUGGAAGUGUGCCUCCUCCGGUGCCUCCUAGGACCAAGAGGGGGCUUCAGGGGUUGAGGAGAAGUGAAGGAGGGAAACCAUGCCCAGAGGUAGUCGCGCCUGCACCAGUCGAGUACCGGUUCCACCACAGCGAACCGCAAGGUGAAGCCUCCAAGAAGACCAUCACUUCUUUCCAUGAGUUGGCGCAGAAACGGAAGAAAGUUUCAGCGACGCCACCCAUUCUCCAGACCAAGAAAGACCAAAGCGAUUGGUUGAUUGUCUUUUCCCCCGACACGGAGAUGCCUCCAUCUCAUGAACUCUCCUGGGGAAACAGGCAGGAGACCACCAGGCCCCUGAGCUCCCCAGUGGAACCAUCCAACCCCAGCAACAGCCUCCAACGAGGGAUCAUCACCUUCAAGGAGCUCCGCUAUCGCAAGCAGAACAGCCAACUUGCCACCAAGGUGGGCAACCCAGCGCAUCGCCGGGCAAUGCCUGGGCAAGGGGUCCCCGAUGGCCACGCUGGGCAAGAGAUGAGUGACUCAGAGCCAACCCCGAGUGGACAUUUCUGGGGCUCGAAGGAAAUCCCGCCGCGGAGGAAGAUGUCUCGACUGGGUCUGCAGCCUAUCGUUGAAGGAGGUUCUGAAGAUGGAGCGGAUGGAGAAGUCAAGGAGAAGCAGCUUGAAAGAACUUUGGAGACCAAGCCCCAGGCGAGGCGGGAUCCUGACCUUUGCAGGAAAGCCGAGCAAGGAGACAGGAGGAUCGCUAAGGCCUCCGGUCUGGCCUUUUGCCCACGGCUGAAGACCCUGUCCUGCGAAGACGUCUGCUUGCUGGCCGGCGGGCAGGGGCCCCCUUUCGACGCGCUGUCCCCAGACGAGCUGCUCCCCGUCCGCCUCUCGCCCAUCGGGGCGUACUCCCCUCCGGCUAGAAGCAUCCUCCCCUUCCUCAACAGCCCCGAUCUGGCCGUGCUGUUUUCCCCCUUCUUCCCCUCCAGCAAAACCUUCCCCAUCUUAGCUUUUCCCACCCACCAGGUGCCCGAGCUGUCACUUGGAGCCCGAGAUCCCCGGGGAAACCAGGUUGGAAGGGGUCCCUGGGGGAGAGUGUCCCGGGACACCAUGCCAGCCAAGGAUUCAGGAGCCCCCCAGCAACUUCGACAUUCUCAGUCCUUUGGCGGAGUCCCAUUGCAAGGGCGCCCGUGGAGGACAGAGGCGGGCCAAGUUUCUACCCAGCUUCGGCAACAGAAAAAGGCAUUGCUUAUGGCAGUCAGUGCCUCGGUGGAUAAAAUCGUGGCUCAUUUCAGCAGCGCAAGGAACCUCGUCCAAAAGGCUCAGCUGGGAGACAGUCAACUCACCCCAGAAGUGGGGUAUUUGGUCCUCAAUACCCUCUGCCCCGCCUUGCAUGCCCUGGUGGGUGACAGCCUGAAGCCUUUCCAGAAGGACGUCAUCACGGGACACAGGCCCAGUUCUCCUUGGAGCGUCAUCGAAGCCUCUGCCCGGCCUGGUCCCCACACCCGAUCCUUCACCGAGCUGUACUGGCGGGUGUCUCGGCUGGCCCCGCUCCGGAGCAACCACCAACGUUUCCACGCUUUCAUCCUGGGCCUCCUGAACCUGAAGCAAGUGGAAGAGUGGUUUGCACAGCUGCAAAACAAUUCAGAGCUGAUCUCCGCCCUCUACCUGCCCACCGCUUUCCUGCUUAUCAGCCAGAGGUUCUGCCGACGCUGGGCUGAGGAACUACUUCUCCUGCUGCAGCCCCUUUCGGUGCUCACCUUUCAGCUGGACCUGCUGUUUGAGCACCGUCACCUGCCCCUCAACGUCCGGCCGAUGGCUCCGCAAAGCAACCCCUCUCCUGAGCCGGGUGCCAGCCCCUGGGAAGGGCCCGGGCUGACCCCGGUGGAUUCAUCCAAGCCCCAGAUGUCUUUGGCCGAUCUGGGCUUUGGGGCUCCAUCCAGCCCCUGGCAGACACUGCCUUUGCCUCAAAGGCUGCUGGAGUGGAAAGAUCGGGUCACUGGCACGCUGCGUGGCCAUGGAAGCCCACCCCAGCGGCAGCCCCGUGCCCAGCCCAGCCGGGACGAAACCCAAGACAAGCCGCCGGGCUGGUGGAAGCCGCUGGGGUGGAUUUCCAGCAUCCAGGUUUUGGACCCCAAAGAGGACGCUCCCCUCCGCUCACAGUGGACCAAGCUACGGAUGGCUCUGGGGGAGGCCGUCAAAGAGAGCCGAGCCGCGGCCGGAGACGCCGGUGCCGAGCCAGAAGGACGCCCCCAACGGCCCAUCCCUGGGAAAAAUAACUCCGAGACAGAAAAACAGCCAUCGGUCUGCAAGGGGGAAGGCUUGGCUGCAGCGAUCCCGAAGCCGGGAGUGGCUACCCCUGAGGCAGGAGAAGUCUAUCUGGAAGAAACACGGGAGGAGAAUUCUGAGGCUGAAAGUGGGAAAGAACGGUGGCUCGGAUGGCUGUUUGGAGCAAAUUCCCCAGGGGCUCCUAAUGAAAUGGAUUCAAGUCUACCCAGGUCCAGGUACGUGGCAGGGACGGCCUUCACUUGCGCCAUUCACGCGCCGACCCCCGUGAAGAAGGGGGGACCGUCCGAAAAGAGCUGGCAAGAUGUCGGGGGGGAGCCGAAUCCCCCAUACCCAUCGCAGACCUACAAAGCCGUGCGGGCCCUCUGCGACUACACGGGCAGCGAAGCCGGGCAUCUGGCCUUCCACAAAGGCGACAUCCUGCAGGUGAUGGAGACGGUGGAUGAAGACUGGGUCCAGUGUUUCUCUGGAGACUGCCAGGGCCUCGUGCCCGUGGGCUACACUUCCCUCAUCUUGUGAAAUGGUGGGGCGGGCAGGGUGGAAUGAGGAUGCUGGGUCCGGGGGAAGGAAAAGCCCCCUCCCGUUAACCCUCCAAACUGUUAAAAAAAAUAUAUAGCAAAUUACAAAGCAGCGUGGCAUCAUGGACCAGGGUUCCUCGCUCGGCAAAAGCAUCACCGGGGGCUACUUUACAGCCGGGCACCGUUUCUACCAACAUCAAGAUCACCAUUUUGGCUCCUGCUGCAAUGUUUUGCUCUGCUUCCUCUAACCUGGCAGCCUUUAACUGGGUUGCCCAUCCUCCCCAGUCUGAAGCUGGCUGGGGAUGAUGGGGGAAUCCGUACCCCAGGCCUUGGAGGGCGCCUGGACCAGUUUCCAUGUUCUCCGCCUGGAAUCCGAGAUUUUUAUUUAUUUUACGCGUGUCUGCUGCCCUCGCCGGCCGUGCGCCCCACCAAAAGAGCAUUUUCCUGUAAUGUGUAUAUUGAAUAUAUCUGUGUACAUAUAUAGAGAUGGAUAUAUAUAUAUAUAAUUUAAUCUUUUCUGCUGGUUCGGUCGGACCUCCACUGCUUCUAAGGCAAGAGCGGACGUCCUUUGCAUCGAUCAGGGUUAGGGUUAAUCCCUUCCCAAAUGAUCUAUCAAUGAAUCCCUUCCGAAAUCAGCCCCCUCGGCUUUCUAGGGGACGUCGUGUACGUUGGAGGGGGAAAUAAAAAGAUUGUUAAGAUGUGAGCCGACGCCAGCUCUUGUGCAUCCGAGUCCCAAAGCCAGAUGCAUGGGGAGGAACAAAUUAGCAAGUCAAACUCCGUUGCUAGGAAUCAGCCCGGCCCUCUUGGAGAAUUUUGGCUUUUAUUUGCCUUUCCCAAUGUUUAUUUUUGUAUUUUUUUUCAUCUUUUGGGGGUUCCUUCUUGUUUGUUUUGACCAUUGAGUCCUAACUCAAGAUUAUGACCACAAAGACCAUCACCUUCAGCUCCCCCUGGUGGUGCAGGAUGGAAACAGAACCUUUUUUAAAAAAAAAAAAUGCUUAGAGGUGGGCAGUUGUGAAAGGGGUCUUGUCCGUCUCUUGGGGGAGAAAAAAGCUCGUUUUAAACGCAAAUGGAGCCACGAGGGGCGAGGAGUUAUUCUUUUAAUCACUGAAAAACUCAGGGGGUUGCUUUUUAUUUUAUUAACUUUUUUUUUUAAAAAAGGGAUGUUCCUUUAGGCGAGCUUCCCCCCCCCUUUUAAUGUCCUUUUUAAAAUUUCUGCAAAGCUGCCCAGAGCCCUCUUGCGCUUGGGCAGCCUAGAAAUGUGAUGAACAAACAAAUAAAUCGUAUAUAUACAAGGGCUCCGGGCAGGGUGUUGGUUGAAGAUUUCAAAGCUUCGCGACAGAUGCUGAGAAUUUGGAGCCGGCACGCGAAAGGGAGCCUCCAGGGUCAGGAGCAGCCUAUCUGGGAACACACACCACGCAUCUUUUGGAAAUCAGCCGCUGCAAAACAAGCUCUUGGCUGCUCCAAAGCUUGGUGGGGAGGUCGGCGAGUGGACAAAGAGAGGUUUUCACCUUUGUCCUCAUCGGAGGUCUAUUUAGCCAAAGUUUAGCCGUGGUGCAACAGAACAGCUGUGACUGGGAACUACGGGGGCAGAGGCCGCCUUUGCCACGAAAGGAAGAUUUGUGUGUUAACGUGGCUGGGCCUGAAUCGGAGGCGAGGGAGGAACGACCUUCGUCUCACGAUCACAAACCCAAGUUUAGGGGGGGCUUACCGUGUCCUACAAAAGGUUAAUGCGCUCAAGGAAAGGUGGCCAAAGGAUUGGUUUCCCCCCAGCGGAUUCUGCAUAAAAAUUGCAUUAAGAAGUCAAUGGCAGCACCCCUCCCGAAAAACAGCCCCCGUUUAC